GAUGUUAGCAUUGAUAACAUGAUUGAAGAGUUCACCCUCAAUACAGAACAAGCACGUGCAUUUCGAAUUGUUGCAGAGCAUAGUCUUCUUGUCAAGCCUGAGCCAUUACGGAUGUUCAUUGGAGGGGCAGGAGGAACAGGUAAAUCGCGCGUCAUUAAUGCUCUG